AUGUUUACCUUUAUCAAUAAACGUUUUUUCAAUCAUCAUUAUUUUUCGAUUUGUCAAUGGCAAAAUUAUUGUUUACCCGUUCGAACGACGACGACGACGGCAACCGAUAUUAUCAUCAAUUCGAAUCGAUUGAAUAACCGAAAUUCAUUGAAAUUCAUUCAAAAUUCCAAAAGAUAUCUAUCAUCACAAUCGCAAAAAAAUUCACGUAAUAAUAAUGAAAUUGAUGUAACCGAUGUUUCGGCACUUAAAUCAAACGAUGAUAAUGAAACAGAUAAAAAAAUUAAAUUUCGUGGUAAAACCCCAGAAUUACCUAAAGUUUAUUUGCGUGAUGAAAAAAAUCGUCUACUCGGUUUGAUGACAUUGAUUGAGGCGGAAAAAUUGGCACAAAAACAUAAAAAAAUUCUAAUCAAAACGGAAAGUCCAGCUAAAAAAUUUAUGUCAAUGAAAUUUGCUGAUCCUAGAUUUGUUGCUGAUCAAAAUCAAAAUGAUAAAAUUCUUGAUGGUGAUGAUACUGAUCAUACGGAUAAAGAAGAAGAAUUUAUUAAACGAAAAACAUCUCCGAAAAUUCUAUCAUUUACAACAAAAAUGAGUGAACAUGAUUUACAGAUAAAAAUUAAUCAAGUGAAAAGAUUUCUGUUACGUGGCCAAGAAACAUUAGUCAAAGUUGUUUCAACUGUUUCGGAUGGAUCACAUAGAACAAAAUUGGAACAAAUUCUAAAUGAAUUUGAAUCAAUUUUCAAUGAAACGAAUGGUUGCCGCAUCAAUCAAAAACGUUUAACUGAUCGUGAUUUAAAAUUUAAUAUUUUAAUUUCAAAUAUUAAUAAAGCUAAAAAGAAUUUAUCAACGAUAACAACAUCGUCUGAAACAACAACAACAACAAAUGAAAAAAAUGAUACAAUACCGAAUUUGGAUAAUGUUGAUCCAAAUAAAUUAUUGGAACAAGACGUAGAAUCGAUUCUGGAUAAUAAUGAUAAUAAAAAGAAAUGAUUAUUAUUUUUGUUU